AUUGAGUGUCAGUGACAGUUGUCGAUCGUCUUACCGCGUCAUUUUAUCUGCUGUAGUAGACAGAAUGCAAAAGAUUUUCUCCCGAGUCAAUGUCCCAUGUUUGGGGCGGAUUAAAGAUAAACAUAACGCCUUGUCUGGCUUGGCCAAUUUCCAUCGGCCAAGUGGUGCAUUAUGUCAAAUGACUCCAGGGGAAGACCCACCACCUGGUUUCCCUGAGAUGCCACCAUGUGGUUUUAAACCAGAAGAAUACAAGGACAUGUCCAAAGAGCACAUGAUGGAGAUUCGGAGGCAGAACUGCAACCCAAUGAUCAUGAAGGUGACCUACUACAAGAAGCCUGUGUUCAUACACCAGGGGCACAUGCAAUGGCUUUGGGAUGUAGAUGGGAGACGCUACCUUGACCUGUUUGCGGGUGUUGCCACUGUCAGUGUGGGCCACUGCCACCCCAAGGUGACAGCGGCAGCUGAGAAGCAACUCCGAAAACUGUGGCACACAACUAAUAUAUAUGUGUAUUCCCCUCUGCAUGAGUAUGUUGAUAAACUAGCUGCCACGCUGCCAGAACCACUAAAGGUCAUCUACCUGACAAACAGCGGCUCUGAGGCUAACGACCUGGCUAUGCUCAUGGCCAGACUACACACAGGAAACUUUGAUAUCAUCACUCUGCGGGGGUCUUACCAUGGUGGCAGUCCACAGACUAUGGGCCUGACCUCCAAUUCUGCUUACAAAUACCCCAUUGCCAUUGGAUUAGGGUGCCACAAUACAAUGUGUCCUGAUGUCUUUGCUGGUCCUUGGGGAGGCAGUCACUGUAGAGACUCCCCUAUACAGACCAUCAGGAACUGUAGCUGCCCCCAAGGCUUGUGUAUGGCAAAUGACAAAUACAUUGGGCAGCUGAAAGAGGUCUUUGCCACCAGUGUUCCAAGUCGCAUUGCUGCUUUCUUCGGAGAACCUAUCAUGGGAGUUGGAGGAGCUGUGCAAUACCCCAAGAACUUCUUGAAGGACACCUACAAGCUUGUAAGAGAGAGAGGUGGGGUCUGCAUUGCAGAUGAGGUUCAAACGGGAUUCGGCCGCACAGGGAGUCACUUCUGGGGUUUCCAAGGUCAUGAUAUCAUGCCAGACAUUGUCACCAUGGCAAAGGGCAUCGCUAAUGGCUUCCCUAUGGGAGCAGUUGUCACAACACAUGAGAUUGCUGCUUCGUUUGGAAGGGGAGUUCACUUCAACACGUUUGGUGGUAAUCCAGUGGCUUGUGCCAUCGCCUCAUCUGUUCUGGAUACAAUGAAGGAGGAUGGCACGCAGCAAAUCAGCCAUGAAAUGGGGACCUAUCUGUUGAUGGGGCUGUCCAAGAUAAGGGACAAAUAUGAGAUCAUUGGGGAUGUCCGUGGGAAGGGACUACAGAUUGGAGUGGAAAUGGUCAAAGAUAAGGCAAGCCGCGAACCCCUCCCACCAGCAGCCAUGAGCGAGAUCUUCGAAGACACUAAAGACAUGGGAGUACUGAUUGGGAAGGGUGGAGUGUAUGGACAGACAUUCCGGAUUAAGCCUCCUAUGUGUAUCACCAAGGACGAUGCAGACUUCUUCUUGGCUGUGUUUAACCAGGCCUUAAACAACUACAUGGAAGCUCAUCAUUAAGCUACCCUUCAUCCAGUCACUUCUUUCCAAAAGCUCAGUGCAAUGGACAGGAAGUUCAGAAAUCGCAUACAGUCGCUCUCAAAAGUACUAACCCCCAGGGUCUGUUGCAUAUUUGAUUGUCAAAGAGAAAAAUAAAAUCUAUUAAUUGUUCUAAAUGAAUUACAAAUAAAA